AUGGAUCAACUUACAUCCGACCUAUCUCGAAUAUCUAUCGACAAGUCCUCUACCAGAAAUGAACAAGUCCUUCAGCAGCUCAGAAAAUGGCUUUCAGAUAAUCCAAAUGUCAAUACGAUCCUCUCAUCAGCACGGCAGGCCAAAGCAUCAGCAGAUGAUAUAGCCACACUAUUCAUGGCGACAUUUACGUAUUACGAAAAGGCCCUUCCUCAAGAUUUUGGCCACGACCCCUCCAAUUAUAACCCCCAAUCGGAGAUGUCUUUGAUUGCUCUUCAACGAAUGAUGAAGACGUGUGAAAGCCACCCGGUCUGGCUUUUGCUUCUUGAUACCAGUUCCUCAACGGCGGCACUUCAUCCCUCGGUCGAAGAAGCAGAAUCGGCACGUCUUCGCUCAGCGCACCUACUACUUCCUCCUUGGUCGUACUUCGGGUUUGAUCUUCUUGACCGCUCAAUGGUCCUCCCAAAUCCAAAUGACGCAUUAAGGCUCACAAAUCUGAAGUGGUAUGGGCGCCCGGCUAGUAUCUUGUUCCUCGUGCUUGUGCCGCUUCGCAGCUGA